AUGGCAGCUGGAGUUCAACCAACACAUUUUGAUCGUUUCAUCCACUUUUUGAAAAGUGAAGUAUGCUCUCGAAGAACCAGUCAGCUGCGAACGAGAGUGUUACUAACGAGCCGCAGGGACUGCCGCAGCUCGGGUUUGCAAGUCCUGAACAGGCGGAGCUGGAGCUGUUACCUGGCAGGGACCGUCGCCCGCGGCCUGGACGCGGACGGUCGCCGCCAGCUGCUGCUUCUCCCAGAGCCAGCAGGUGAGGUGCCCCUCGGGGGGGGCCGUGGCGGCCGCCAGGAACCGGCUGUCGGGAGAGAAGGCGAGGGACACCGCCUGCCGCGCCGGCAGCUCCUCGGCGGCCAGCACCCUCCGCCGCUGGGCCCGCUCCGCCGUCAGCUCAUAGACCGCCAGCACCGGCUGCUCCCCCGCCGCCUCCGACAGCGCCAGGAACCGCCGGACGGCCUGAAGCAGUGCCUGGCCGAAUUCAGGAAGCAGCUCGCAUGGGUGGAAAGGCUGGACGUGACUCUGGGCCCGGUCGCGGACCCCGUUUCUCAGAGCGCUUCUACGUCUGAUGCUGUUGACCCUGAGAAUGAUUUCCAGAGAGAGAUGAGUUUCUACCGGCAGGCACAGGCAGCUGUCCUGGAAGCCCUCCCUAGGCUGCAUAAGCUCCAGGUUCCUACGAGGAGGCCGGAUGAUUACUUUGCAGAGAUGGCCAAAUCAGACCAACAGAUGCAGAAGAUUCGACAGAAACUUAAGACUAAACAGGAAGCAAUGGAAAGGUCUGAGAAAGCAAAACAACUCCGUGCAAUGAGAAAAUACGGCAAGAAGGUGCAAGUUGAGAUUCUGCAGAGGAGACAAAAGGAGAAGAAAAAUAUGUUGAAUGCAGUCAAGAAAUACCAGAAGGGUCUCUCUGACAAGUUGGACUUUCUAGAUGAAGAGCAGACAUCGUCACAAGGGAAUAAAAAAGGCAGUGCAAGUCAACGGACAAAGAAGGGGCCAAAUGCCAAAAGACGAUACAAAAAUCAAAAGUUUGGUUUUGGUGGGAAGAAAAAGGGCUCAAAGUGGAACACAAAGGAGAGUUUUAAUGACGUAUCCAGCUUCCAGUCAAAAGUGGCUCACAACAAAGGCCCAGGAAGAGGAGGAAAAGGAGGGAAAGGAGGCAAAAAAGCCCUUAAUAAGAGACCUGGAAAGAGAGCAAGGCAGAAAAUGAAGAACCGAGCCCGCUGAGAGAACUGUGCUGCACAGUGAGGUUCCUGUGUUUCUUUGUGUUGCAAGAUGUGUUUCUGCUGUCAUCAAGCAGCUAACUGUGGAGCAAGCUGGAUGCUUUGCAGCAGCAAGGAAAAAAAAGCCAGUGGAAACCAGUGCCUUAUCACUAAUUUCUUCUUACUGUGUGUUUUGUUGAAGGAUUGUUUUCUACUUAAACCUUUGGUGUGUGUGCACGCAUUAAAUGGUUUGCACAGAACUAUGUGUAACUCAUGUUUAGGUGUUCAAUGGGGUGGCUGAAGCCAGCUUUUUCUACCACUGCUGUUAAGAUGAAGUUGGUGACCUUGAGUUCUGGGUCAUAUUGCUGAUACAAAAAAAAGAAGUCUGAA